AUGGUGGCCACAGGUCGUGUAGAGCGCGGCAUGAUCCGCUUCGGCGACAAAGUCGCGGUCCUGGGCAUCGGCGUCACGGUCGGGACGGUUUGUGCGGGCGUUGAGAUGUUCAAGAAGCCGCUGGACGUUGGCCAGGCAGGGGAAAACGUGGGUAUCCUGCUACGUGGCCUCAGGCGUGAGGACGUAGGGAGCGGUUAUGUGCUGGCCAUGCCGGGUACGGCCAUGAUGUGGGCAGAGUUCACAGCGGAAGUGUACGUGCUGGACAUGGAGGAGGGCGGUCGCGCCAUACCCUUCCCCAACCACUAUCGGCCGCAGUUCUACUUCCGUAGGAUGGACGUGAAAGGUUCUAUCUCGUUUCCAAGGGGCCGAGAAAUGGUGACGCCGGGUGACAACCUGUCGAUCACGGUCAAGCUGAGUUUUUAUGCUGCUCUCGUGUGCGCGCACGCUUCACGUUCUAACCACGUUCUGGAUCUCUUAUUUCUAAAGCAAUGGCUUAACAUGUAUUGCCGUGGGCUAGAAAGUAUGGACGAGGAUUCUCAUAGUUCUAGAUUACCUGAAACUUACAAGUCGUCUAAGUUGUAUUCGACUCUAGCCGAGCCGUUGAAAUUCGUCACAAAUAUGCUCUCGGAGCCUUUGCUGAACCUUACUUACCCGGCAUUCCAGGAUCUUCAGAUGGGAGGUAAGCCAAUUUGGGAGACGUUGAAAGACGACUUUCCGGGUGCUUUGAAGAGCGGUCGUUUUCUCUAG